GCUUCACGUCAACGAAUGUUUGCAAAACCACUGUGUAUGGCCCGAAGUCCUAUGGUAAUCGCUGGUUAUGGGAAAGUCCUUUGCCCCGUACGCUAUGGGAGUCGACCUGUAUAAAAGCUCUGAGGAAGGGCAUCGUCAUCAACGAAAUCUGUUGCAAUGGCAAUGAUUCUUAUCGUAUUCGCUUUGAUCAGCUCUUUGCUGGCUUGCCCUCCCACACCUGUUCCAACCAACCCUACCACAGCAUCCGCUUCUUCAACUGCUGCUUCUACCUCGGCCUCAUCUGAUACGAGUACUUCUUCCUCAUCCACUACAUCCAGCUCUAGCUCAAGCCCCGUUGGAAAGCGAGAAGUUGCACGAGUGGAAGUGACGGUGGUCACGAACCAGAAAUAUGAUCCACUGUUGAACGAUUCACAUCUGCAGGUGUUCAGAAUGCUGCUUAACGACUAUCUCAAGGUCAAUGGAAUCACUUACAACAAAGACCUGGUCCAAGAGGAUGUGAAAAACGAAGGAGGCAACUUUGCUGUACAUUACACAGUUUUGAGUGGUGACUGCGCUAGGAUAAAGUACUUGGUCGCCAAUGGCGAACGUCAUGCUGAAUUCAUUGAGAAUGUGAUUGUCAAGUGUUGA